CUCUUUGACGAGCACCAACGCAACUACCUUCUUUUGGAUCGAGGUCAAGAUUUGUUCUUGCGUUCUUCCUUCAAUCAUUAGGGCACACUCUUUUCUUGCCCUUUCUCUUUACCUCGAGAUCUCUUCCUUGGAGCCAACACCGACCCUUUGCCCUUGCCAGGGACGUCGCCCUUUGUGGUAUUGCUGAACCCUGACGCCAACAGCGAGACGAUUGUCCAACAAUUUCUUCGCAACGCUCUCUCGGCUACCGCCGGACGCCGUCCUGGUCGACGUCGGUCGGGACCCAGGCGGCAGGUCGUCCGGCGUCGUCGGCCUCGAUCGAUGAUGACAACAAUGUUGGAAACGGAAUUCGAAGGCCGCUAUCUUCGAGUGCGCUGACGAGCUAUGAAGCCUUCGAGAGGGAGAUGCGACUUCGCAUGGGCGGCGGGCUUGGCUAUCAAUCCCGGCCGGCUGCCCUGCAGUCGAAGCACGAGGGCAGAAGCUCGGAAGGUGCGGGCUACGGUCGCGAGGACGUGGGGCAGGAUAAAAUAGCGAGGCGAGCACAGACCACGCGUAUUUCAGCUGACGAGCAGUACUGGCAAAGUUUGCGGCAACGAGCCGGCAGGAGCUACGAGGCACGAAGUGGACGGGUACUCCGCCAUUCACAAAGCUAUGGCGCGCCCACUCAUGGCACCCGUACGUGGAUCUCAGACUCCCAUGAAUAUCAUCGGCACGCACCGGACAGGCCAGAAGACAGCGAAACCAACAAGAUCUUGCCAGAAGACCAACUGCAGGCCUCUUCCUCAUCGUCUCCGCUCCGUCGUAAAGACACUGGCAGGGAAGAUUGGCGGCCCACAUCUUGGCACCACCCGCGGUCAGCUCCCAUCUCGCCCACAGUCACGUUUCCUGCCCGCCCACCCUUGUCGCUCACUACCAGAAAUUAUGCCGUAUCGCCAAGCCAGCGUUCAAGCAUUGAGUCGCUCCCCAAGGGCGCUUUUUCGCCAGAGGCCGCCUUGCGUUUUGAAAAGAGACUAGAAGAGCAGCAGCAGCAGCAACUACAACAACAACAGCAACGUCAGCCCUUUUCGUCUUCUUCGCCUACACAGUCUUCACGAUCGCCCUCACAUGUAAGCAGUGACCAUGCACAUGGUGGACAUGAUUAUAGCUACGCUCCACGGCGAGGAGAGGGUGUCGCGAAGCUAAGCUCCCAGACGGUCACGCACCGACGCUCGGCGAGCCGGUCGCUUCAGCUUGAAAAGAUGCAAGAAGAAGGAAGCGGUCUUUCGAAGACGGAAGAUGGAGACCGGUUCUUGUCCGCUCAUUCGUCGCCUGCUUCGAUAGGGCAAGCUUUCCAUACACCCUCGUCGCUCCGUCGGGAAGAAUCGUCCGAGCCGAUGUCGUAUAACGAGAGACAAUCGCCCGGUGAAGAGGAAUUUUCUGGCCUGUCACCUUUGGCGUCGUCUCUUGGUCCGGCCAUAGGUCUCAUGAAAAGGUGGUGGAGGGAGGAAGAAGCUGCAGCUAAGGAAGAUCCACAAAGAGUCAUGCCUCCAACGCAGUCAGCAGAGGGAGCUUACAGGAGCAUCGAAUCGGCGGAGGGCCGACAAGGGAGCGAUCCACCUGCUAUAGUACAGGGACAGAGCAGGCCCGUUUUCGCAUCUGAGAGAACAAGAAACGAGCUCGAACAGAUGCCGACCCCUUCGACCCGCCACUCUUCGCUCCCUAGUCGACCGCAAUUGCCGAUUCGAAAGAGCAGCAGAGGUGAUGGCUCAUCUACCAUUUCUCCCAGAACAAUUGAGCUGCCACUGGCCCACGGAUCCAUUCCUGAGGCAUCUGGCCUCGUGUCAGCGGCGUCCCUCAGCUCCAGCCACCCUUCGACUCGAGGUCACAAUGGCCAGAGAGAGCGGGCGGAGAACGAUGUCGAAGACCAUGAAGUAGCCCCCAUACCCUUGCCCGAGACGCCUCUCAAGAGGCAGCAAUUCUACAGAGGAGACCAUCGACAAGCGAGUGAGCAGGCAGCUUCCGCUCUGUUCGGCUCCGAGCAGGGCCACUAUAGCGAGAGUGGGAGCCCCAGCAGUGGCAGUGAGCUGACGACUGCGGGCAGUCGAACCGGCGUCGGUCUGGGCAUCGACCUUCGCUCCUUUGACGGUAGUGGAGAAGACUUCAGUCAGCUUUUCUUCUUCGAUGGGCGCAAGCCGCGACCGAGAGGGGGAAGCUUCGGUGCGGGGAUAUACCACGCUCAUGGCAACACUAACAGAGCCUCGCUCUCGGCACCACUGAAGAAUAAAAGAGCAAGGGCUGAAACGCCAUCGAGCAAUUUCUCAUCUCCUCCGAAAGGAACAGCAAAGAUACCCUCUAUCCCUGCAGAAGGCGAGGCAGGCCCCUCAAAUUGGGAGGGAGCCGCAAAAGGGCGGAAAGGUGCGAAAGCGAUGACAAUGCCAACGGAACCUGAGGAUACACUUCGCAGGAGCUCUUCAUUCGAGCUCGUGGCAGGACCCGGAAAGGCGAGAAGAAGGAGCAGACUCAGCAGUGACGAAGAGGGAGGACAGAGACAGGCAGCAUCGAAGGCACAAGCAUCUCAGGGCGAAAAUGUUGAUGCUGAGAAGAUGAGCCAUCAGAGGAUCAAUUCGGCGAUUGGAGGAGCAGGUCAGCAUCAUCAUGUGGCGCCAACCGACGAAGAAGCAAGGAGCGCUUCGGAGGUCGAAGCGUUUGUAUAUCACCCCGAGGGUACAGGUGUUCGGAAAGCGGAUGUUGAGCACAUCGAACAGCACACAGUCUCAAUAGCCGAAUUCCGCAGAGUCGUCGCUUCUAUGCAGCUCCUUCCGCCUGUCAAAAAGGUCAAGAAUGUCGCGAAGGCCAAUGAUCGAGAGCAAGAAGCCGAUCAAGAGAUGAGCGCUUUUCCCGCAGAUGCGGCAAGUGCUGCGCGAGGACGGUGGUCAAGAAGGGCUUCGAGAUAUGCCAUGACCACCAUGGUGUUUCUGUUCCAGGUGCUGGUAAUUGCGCUCUUCUUUGUCUUCGAGGCCCCCUUCCUCUGGUCUGCCUUUAGUCCGGCGGCGGCGGUUGCCCCGAUCUACUUAUUUCUUGGGACUGCCGUGUCCUUUGUCUGCGCCGCAGCCACUGACCCAGGAACAAUUCCACUGGGGCUGCAUCAAUACACGCUCAAAGAUGUCGCGAGACAAACAGCACGGCCAGGAGGAAGCUUGCCAUUGCAACAAGGUCGGGACAAUGAGGUGGUUAUAACCUCAUACCUGUCGCAAGAAGUGCAAGACCUCGACGACGACUCGCCCCGGAAGAAAAUGGCGUUGGCAAAACUCAGGCAGCAGAUCAAGCAAGCAGCCGCUAAGGCCAGCCCGACAAAGGCGAGAACAGUUGUCCCUGUGAGGACCGAAGUUGUCACGAAAGAAGCUCAAGGUGGUCGACGGACUUGGCUCAUCUAUCGACAGGACGAAGUUGACAAUGUGACAACUAUGAGCCACUCAAACGGCUUCAACGCCUUCUUCAAAUCGCCUUGCACCACCAGCAUCAAACGGUGGAGACAAUGGCGUAGGGAGACUGCUCUUCGGGGACUUCAUCGACCAGUCGUCGACAUGGAGCAGCAGCCAGUACCGAGAGAGAUUCAAGUGGGAUCGACAACUCUUCGCUGCCGCUACUGUGACGUUUGCGACAUAUAUCCACCUCCACGAGCCUUUCAUUGCAGCAUCUGCCGACGGUGCUGCUUGCACAACUUCGGACACUGUCGUUGGAUCGGCGCUGAUGUAGGAUCAGGCAAUCUGGCCUUCUUUUUGGGCUUUCUCAUCUUCGCCGCUCUCUCUCUCUCGUACGUGACCGUUUUUGCUGCGCUUCACCUCGCCUACCUAGCACGCUCGUCGGCAGCUUCCAUUCCUGGUCUUCAACUUGUCUCUAUGUCGGAGGAAGGCGUCGGUUCGUUCCGAAAUGCGCUCCGUGCAGCACCCGUCGCUACGAUCCUCUUUCUUUUUUCCGUUCCAAGCUUUCUCAUAGUUACGAGCUACUUCUUCAAGCACCUCACAGCAGCUCGAAGAGGACAAACGACUGUUCAAAGGUAAGCUCCUCUCCACCCUCUGCCUCCCUGCCGUGCCUCGCAAGCGCUCUCCACACUCGGCCUACG